UUGUAAUUCAUUUUGUAUUUUUGGUUAUCGGCUCAAACCUACCGUCAUAAAUCAACGAUUUCCAGUGUGCUGGGUAGGCAACCCAUAAUACACUGUCUAGACAAAAUUAAUUACAGAUUUCUUCCAUCCCAGCUGUUGAGGACAUCAUUUCAGCUGUAAUCACUUAAUUAGUUACCAUAACAAUAUUUUAAUCUGAAUGCAUGAAAAUGAAAACCUGAACAGCAACACUGAAAAUCUGCAAUUUCUAGGAGGUGAAACACCCAAAAUCCUCGUCGUCGCUCGUGCUUUUUCGGAUACCCCUUCUAGAAGAAUCCGAGCAAGAUGGAAAUCGAUAAUCUCACGAGAGAGAAAAGGAGCGACGUAAAUGCACCUUAUCUAUACCGAACAGAUAAGAAGCAGGGAAGAGCGAUAAAGCGCAGUGUGAUGCAAGUCGGUACUUGUUUAUUGUUUAGUGAGGGAGUGAGAGUGGAAGCGAACGGGCGUGCAUAACGCAAAGCAAUAGAGUGGACAUAAAGAAUUAGUAACAAAAAGAAUAAAUUCCGGAAUCCGGUGUUAUCGAACAAAACAAAAAGAUAAACAAAAUAUUUAGUUGCGAGUUAGAAAAAUGUUGCUUAGAACCGUUUCGACACUUAGCAACAAAAGCACCAAGGACGAAGAGUCGUUCCAGGCCGCAAAGUAUGUGUCAAGGCUACUUCAAGACUUUGUUUUGGGGGAGUCCCUAGGAAAAGGAGGGUUUGGCGAGAUUAUUAAGGCUACGCACAAAUUCGACAAAACCCAGGUUGCUAUCAAAAUGAUCCGCUAUCAAUCCGACGCAGACAGUUUAAAGAAAACUUGCCGAGAAGCCAACAUGUUGGCGCGCCUCAGUCACCCGAAUAUAGUCCGCUACUUUAACUCGUGGGCGGAAACCGCCAAAGUGCCUUUAGCAGAGUACAAAAAAUUCAACCUGGAUAGCGAGAGCGAAGAGUCUAUAAGUGCCGAGAUCGAAAAAUUCGACCAAAACGGGUACCUCAGCAGAAGCGACGAAUUUGACGAAGACGACGACGAAGAGGAAGGAAACUGCACCGACGACGAUUGUGCGAUAGUCUUCCAAGAAGCCGAAGAAAUCAAAGAACUCAACUACUUGUUCAUACAAAUGGAACUGUGCGACAAACGCACCCUGAGGGACGCCAUCGACGACAAUCUCUACCAAAAAGAAGCAAAACUGACGAAAUAUUUUCAAGAAAUUUGCGAAGGUCUCGCCCACACGCACCAAAACAAGAUCAUCCAUCGCGACUUGAAACCCGAAAAUAUUUUCCUGACUUGCGGGGACGUGAUCAAAAUCGGGGAUUUUGGUCUGUCGAAGCAGAUUUCUCUGAAGAACGAACUGGAGAUUUUCGAGGCUGACGUAGCGUGCGCGUCAUUGACGGCACCUUGUGGGACCACCAUUUACAUAGCACCGGAGUUUUUUAACCGACCUUAUUGCAACAUAAAAGCCGAUAUUUACAGUUUGGGUGUCGUUUAUUUCGAAAUGUGUUCGCAACCGAUGACCCAAAUGGAGAAGUUUAAACUCUUCCCGCUAACGUCGGAACGCCUAAACACGAUGCCGUAUUUAAGCGACAAAAAGCGCUCUUUACUUAAAAGCCUUCUCCACCAGGACUCCCGCGAAAGACCCACUUGUGACCAAAUUCUAGAGAUUCUAAAAUCGGAAAAAUCUAUCGAAGACUUGAGAGCGAUGAUUCGACGAAGCCAGAAAGUACCGAGCGAACAGUUCCAAAUUUUUAACACAAUGCUUAAAUCGACUAAGAAUAGUCGCGUAGAUCUGGCAAACUUCUUUAUGACAACUGCAGUUAAAGUUUUUGAGUUGCAUGGAGGCCGCAAUAUCCCGAUGCCGACGUUUCUGCCGCCUUUAAACAACUUCCCGGAUAACUUGACGACUCUGCUUAACACGAGUGGUAAUUCCAUAUCCAUCGCCAACACCUCCAGACUCGCUUUGUCCUACCACAUCGCAAAACACAAAAUCAACAAAAUCCGGCGCUAUUCCACCGAAAAGGUGUUCACAGAAGGCCACUUCUGGCCCAACGAGGUCCAAGAGUGCGCUUUCCAAGCUGUAACCCCCGAACCAGACGACCACGUGCUGGACGCCGAAAUGUUAUUUAUCGGAAGCGAAGUUUGCGAGAAAAUUUUCUCGGAAGAUGUGAUACACCGAGUUCGAUUCGUCCUCAACCACCAUUUGAUGUUUUCAGCCAUUUUACAACACUGUAGAAUUAGCGACGCUCUGGCUGGUAUUUUCGUCAAUAUCGUCCUAACUGCUUCGCAUAAAACGCUGUUUCUGAUAAAAAUGUUUUGUCGAUUCCACUGCAACAACGACGUGGCGGAUUUCCUCGUCAAGAUGUUUUCAGGUUUUAAUAUUCAAGAUGCUGAAAGAGAAAUUCGUUCGAUGAUUAGCGCCAACAGAGGAAAUGACAGUUUCGUUGGAGUUAACAAUAAGGGGCUUAAAAUUGCGUUUGGUCAGAUCGCUGCAGUAACAGCGAAUGCAGAAAAGUUCGGAAUUAGAGUGGAGAAUAUAUUUUUGAACCCUCUACUUAUGAGCGAAAAACAUUCCAAAGGCCUCAUGUUCAAAAUAACCUACGGAUAUUGUUUAAACACUGUUCUAGCCACAGGUGGUCGAUUCAACUCUGUGAUUAGACGGUGUUGUGGAAAUCGAGGCAAAGAAUUGUUUUGUUCGGCCUGUGAAAUAUCCUUUAACGUGGACAAUAUAGUUAAAUUGUUGACUCCGGACAAGUGCGCCAGACGUGUGGAUGUAGUUAUAGUUGCUGAUGAAAAGUCCGUAGCGAUUCCGCUCUACAAAGAUUUAUUAAACCAAAAUAUCAAAUGCGAAAUCGUGACGGAAUUGAUUCUUUCAAGUCAUAGCAACCAGCAGCCCCUAAUCGUGGUAAAACUUAAUAAGGAAUAUUAUGGUAUUGUGUAUCGUGUAGAAAAGUCUUGUACCUGGUCUGAAAUUUUUAGAGGGAAUGUGCAAAAUAUAGACUUGAAUUAUCACUUGAAAUUGAGAAACUCAACACGCCGAAACCUACAGCUUACUUGGCGUUAAACUAUAUAUUUACGAAAUUUGUAACUUAUUAUAUUUUAUAUAUUUUAUAUGAUA